AUGGCAACCCCGUUUCCUGCGGGGGUUCCCCCAGGAGGAACACCAGGCGAUGCUGCUUCUCUUGCUGCAGCAGCUGCUGCUCAAGCACAGCUUCUUUCCCCUGCUAAUUUAGCUGCUGCAGCAAGGUGUAUGUACACCCGAAUAGAUUCAUUUACAGGAGAAUUUAAAUUUCUUUCCCUAGAUUAUCCAUCACUUAUUUUCUUUCAAGGUCGUUUCUUCCCUACUGCUCGUCAUGCCUUAUUAGCAGCUAAGCACCCCAAGGCAGUAGAGGAACUUGCCUCUAUUGAGGAUAUGAAGGAACUUAAGCAAGUCGCCAAGACUAAAGAGGUUGAGGAGGACCCCGAGUGGCCUCGUUAUCGAUUAAAGUGGAUGGAAUUAAUUCAGAGGGAUAAAUUCCGUAGGAAUGCAGAAAUAAGAGAAAAGUUACGACAAACAGGAGGAAGGGAAUUAGUUUGGCUAAAUACUGGUGAUUGUUUCUUUGGACAAACAAAACAUAAUAAAGGACAAAAUCAUCUAGGAAGAAUUCUCAUGGAAAUUAGACAAAAUAUUCUUGAUGAUACUGAACUUGAAUCUUGGUUAGUGAUAUGUCAUGAUAUUGAGACAGAAGAACGAUCACUUCCUGUUUUACGUCUAUUAGAAAGAAGAGAAGGAGAUACAACUACUACAGAAAUACUAUUAAGAGGCAAAUCCUUCUAUAGAAUAGGAAAGUUGGCGGAUAACGAUCUGGUGGCUCUAAACCCUUCUGUUUCUCGUCGUCACGCAGCCCUCGUUGUCCUCAAGGGUGGACAUGUGCUGCUUAUUGAUUUAAAGAGUAAAGCUAAGACAUUCAAGAAUGGUAUGCCUCUUGACCAUGACCAUGUUGGUGUACAAAUGCAAACCAACGACAGCUUCAGCUUGGGCGCAUCAAGUCGCCAUUAUCUUAUUGAGAUAGAUACAACAUCAGUAGUAGAUUAUUUACAGAGAAGAGGAAGAGAAUUAAAUCGUGAAUUAAAUUUAUUAGCUGAACAAGUUAAUGAGGCACAAGGAAUUAAUACAAAAAGUCUUACCAAGCGUAUAGUACAAGUCGCUAUGAUUUAUGUGAAUUAUUUGCUGAUGUUGGUAACAUUAAAUCAAUUAUUAUUCCUCAAGUAG